CAUCACCAUCAUGUUUAUAUUUUGCUGAUGUGAGUGACUGUGGAGGGGAAAUCCCGACGGUUAUCAUGAGGGGGCGUGGCUAUCGGCUGUGUGUGCGCGUGUGUGUCAGAGUGUGUGUGUAGCUCGUGCAGUCUUCAGAGCGAAGUUGGAGCUGCUUCACGAGCAUCGUGAGCAGCACCUGAUGUACCUCCGCUAUGUGUGUGUGUGUGUGUGUGAGUGUGUGUGUGUGUGUGAGUGAGUGUGUGUGUGUGUGUGUCACUGAGCGGAGCGCGGAUGAAUCGAUCAUCGGCUCAGUGAUCGAUUAAUCAGCAGGAUUUAAUAUUCAUCUGUUGACUUUUCCUGCUGAAGGAUCAAACAUUCUUUAUUUUUCUGUUGGAGGGAUUACUCCAGAACAUUUCUCUGGGAUUAAACAUCCAUUUACACGCCUCCUGCUGACGUCAUCAGGAGCUGUGCUCCUAUUGGAGCGUCUCUAAAGAUCAGUGAUGCGCGCCCUCAGCUCUCUCUGUGCUCUGUAUUUGUGGCAGUGACAGCCUGCGGCCUGUAGGGGGCGAUGUCUGCCCUCUAUAACAGCCGGGACAUCGUGGAGGACUUCCUGCGUCACAGGCUGCAGCAGGACGGGCGAGUUACGCUCCCGCCGCGACGACAUCACGCCGCUUUGAGGUCGACUUCCACAUCGUCACUGACAUGGAGAGCUGUUCGAGUGAUGACAUCACACCGAGACUUUCACCCAGACCUCACGGCCGUCCUGCGGAGUGCCUGCGACGAUCUAGCACGCCGUUACCAUGGCGACCUGGCGGCCAACCUGUCGGCGCUGUCGCAGCAAGACGGCGUUGAGGCGGCAGGGCUCGGGGGUCUGACGGCGGUGAGGGAGGAGCUGUUCAGAGACGGGGUGAACUGGGGACGUAUCGUGGCCAUGAUGGAGGUGGGCGGAGCCGUGUGCUCUGAGGCGGUGAAGACGGGCGGGGCGCAGCAGGUGGAGGUGAUCGCCGGCUGGAUGGAGGAGGGUCUGGACUCUCUCCAGGGAUGGAUAGACGAUAACGGAGGAUGG